ACCCACUUUUAUUCUGGUAAUCUUGUCCAGCCUCUGUUUCAGGCAGCCCCUCCAAGGCAUCCCUGCCAGGCUCUGGGGCCAGCCCGAGCUCUCACAGCUGUCUGUGCUGCUGUUGCAGACUCCCCUGCUGGUGGCUGUCACCGCCAGGCAGGCUGCCAUCGUCCACGACCUCAUCCAGGUGGGAGCAGAUGUCAACGCUGUGGACAACAAGGGGCAGUCAGCUGUGCACCUGGCUGCAACCUAUGGCUACAGCCAGGUCCUCCAGGUUAUCCUGUCACUGGGUUUCCCUCUGGACCUGGAAAUGAAGGAUUUUGAAGGCCAUACCCCUCUCCACUGUGCUGUCCUGGCCCACAACGCCCUCCUGAGAGACCAGGGCAGCCAGGCAGGGGCGGAGGAGCAGCACAGGGAGCUGCAGCAGCAGAGCAGGGAGCUGGAAUCCUGCAUCCAUCUCCUGGUGCAGACCGGAGCCUCCAUCUACAGCCGGGAUGUGAAAAGCAACAAGACAGUUCUUCAUUACACGGUGCAGGAUGGGAACGUCUCCCUGCUCAGGUACUUCCUGGAGCUGAACGCUUUCAAGUGCAAGGAUUUUGUCAACAACAAGGCCCAUGGCAACACAGCCCUGCACAUGGCAGCUGCUUUGCCUGGGGACAAGAACCAGAAGGAAAUCAUCCAGCUGCUCCUGGAGCACGGGGCAGACCCCAGCAUCAGGAAUUUGGACAAUGACCAGCCAAUCCACAUGGCCCCUGCUGGAAAAGCUGGGGAGCAGGUCAGGAAUUUGCUGAAGAAAGGGAAAGUCACACCUGCAUUCAACUCCUGUCACAGAAAUGCCAGAUCCUGAUUUAUCUGCAAUUUAUGGAACAGCUUCAACUCCAGCUUGUGCCUCCUAUAAAAGCUGUGAGGGUGUUCUGCAGCACAUCCCUGCUCCUGCAGGCUUCAGCCAGGCUGGACUGGGAGUGUUCCUCAACCUGUGGCCACCAGCAGCACACCAGACAGCAGAAGAUGAGCUUUCAAAGGGUUGAAAACUCAAUUUUGGUAACAGAAAAUGAGAAUAAACCUCCAGCAAGGAGGUGAGCAAACCAAGGAGCUGCUACAUAAAUAAGUAAAUAUUCUGAGUGAGUUCAAAGCACAGCCAAGCUUUGAAACCCUUGGGGCUGACAGAGCUCAAGGGGACAGUUUGGCUGUAAAAGGUUGAGAAAUGCUGCUCUGAGGCACCCCAAACUGGGCCUGUGCACAGGGACUGCUGGAAAUGCUGCAGCCUCUGGGACGUGCAGCUCCCGCUGCCCCUGCUCCCCUGGGAAUGCAGGAUCCUGAGGGGGGAAAGCCUGGAUGGAGAACUCAAGACAGCCCUGGCUGGAUUUCACCCCAGGGGAUGGACAUCCAAAGGCAGAGCCCCACAGGAGGGUCCUGCAAGCUGGAAUUCCCACUCUCAGCACUCUGGGAGGGCUCUGGAGCAGCUCCCCAUGGCCAGCCCAGGGGAAGAAAGAGCUGCUGUAAGAACAAGGACAUGGGGAGGAUUUGUGUGGCUGCUGAGGGGAGACUUCCAAUGCAAUGCAAUCCAAAUCCCAUCCCAUCCAAAGCCCAUCCAAAUCCCAUCCCAUCCCAUCCAAAGCCAAUCCAAAUCCCAUCCCAUCCCAUCCAAAGCCAAUCCAAAUCCCACCCAAUCCCAUCCCAUCCCAUCCCACCCCGCCCAAGUCCCAGCUCUGGUGGCACAGAGCAGCUCUGGAACCCCCUCAGGUGGGAUCUCACCUCACCUGGGUGGGAGACAGAGAAUCCCUCUGGGUCUCCCAGAGCUUUUAGGGCAGCAAACCCGUGUGGGUGUGUGCCAGGAGCGCUCUCCUGCUCCCUUUCCCACCUGGCAGAUUCUGGGGUUUGGCAGAUUCUUUUUGGCGUUUCUGUGAAAUGAUUUGUGGAUUGCUGUGCAAUCAGUGGCUCUGCAAGGCUGAGUUUUGGCAGAGGCUGGCCAGUGCCAGGGCUCGCUCUGAGCUGGAUUUUGGAUUUUGGAUUUUGCUGGCUCCUCGGUGUGCACAGGUGCUGCUCUCCAGCAGAGAGAUGAAGGGCAGAGCUCUAAAAUCACUGCAGCCCCUUCCUUGAGCACCCACUGGCUGCUGCCUCACUGGGAUUUCCUGAGGCACUGGCAGGCCUGGAGUGUUUAAACAAGUGACAGGAACAAAAGCUCUUAAGAAAUGCAGAGAUCUCGAUUUUCCAGCCCUCCUCUCUGCUGUUGGGCCAUUGCCUCUCACUACACAUACCUGCACUCCUGCUGACAGAGAAGCAGACGUGGAUUUGCAUGUGUUUGCAUAAAUUUUCAUGUGUCUGAGCACAGGCCAGCAAGAGCCAGCGCUGUCUCACUUGGAAGGAUGUUACAACGAGCCCUGAACGGAGUGAGAAGUGUAUCAGGGAGGCAGUACUGUGUGCCAAAGCAAAAUGAUGGAUAAAAUACCAAUUUCUGGAACCUGCAGCAGCAGAACUGUCAAACUGUGAGCAGCACCUGGCAGGUGAAAGUGUAAAAAGCUUUUUGCCACCUUGAAAUGUCUGUGAGGUGACUGAAGUCCUUUGGCAGGAUGAAAAAAUACAGGAGCUUUCUUUCCUCGA